GUAAAAAAAAACAUAACAAUCACGAUCUCUCUCUCUCUCUCUCACGCGAAGAAGAACCCUAGCAGUCUCACUAUUUCUCUCACUCGAUCGUAUGAACUCUCAAUCACGACCUCUCACGAUCUCGAACUCCAUUGUUCCCUCUCAAUCACGACAAUUUAUCACUCGAACUCGUCAUCUCUCUCGAACCCUAAACUCAACCGUUUUUCUUCUCAGAUUUCGAGAAUCCUAAGCUAUGGAAAAAUCUUACCCAACAUCAGUGCUGAAUACCAGAAAGCCAUUGAGAAGGUGAAGAUAAAGCUCAGAGGUUUCAUCGAUUUAUAUCCCAUUGAAGCGAGAAGUAAUAUGCAAAAAAUCAUGGGCUCUCCAACAGACACUACAAGAUAGCCUUUUUGCACUUCCACUUGUUUGCUAGAUGAUGAUUGUCUAAUACCAGUUAAGUGAAAACCCAUUCUUGUCUUGUUUCUUCACAAUAGAAUUAUCUCAAAUAAGUAGUAGGAAAGAAGUGUUGCUACUUAGCACCACAUCUUUGGUCGUGAGUAUAUAUAUUUAUAGCAUAUUUAUUAUAAGUUACAUGUAUUUUCUUCCCCACUUCCAGCGACUAAAAGCAGCGGACAACCUGUUCUCCACCGAGUCAAUUUUUUCAAUCCCAACCGAGUUAACUCCAUAACACCAAGUACUUCCAACUUAAAAACCUAACUCCAAUUCCAUUCACCAAUGGAAGAGUUAAAGGUUUCAGAAGCUAGUUUAAUAGUUUACAUUCAUCCUUCUAAAAGCAAUCAAGUUUCAAAAGAUGUUCCUCGUGAACUCAGUUCUUUGCUUUUCACGUACAGUGAUAUAUUCGACGGUGUCGUUUUGGCUUUUGAUAUUAACUCGUUAUACAAAUGCGCAAAGAUUCUUCCCGGUGUUUGUCCUUAUUUCGGUGUUAAUCUGAAGGUCAAUAUGUUGCUUUUUUCUCCCAAGCCAAAUAUGCUUUUAGAAGGAAAGGUAGAGAAAAUUACACAUGAUUCGAUUCAUGUUGUUGUGCUUGGGUUUUCUGCUGCGAUUAUAGCCGAGAAAGAUAUCAGGGCAGAGUUCGUAAUGAAACACGAUAAAGGAGUGUAUGCAAGCAAAUCUCACAAGCGACACGUGAUAAAGAAAGAGACCAUGAUUCGAUUUAUGGUGAAGAGCUUUGAUGAAGAAACACUUCAGGUUUAUGGAUCUCUGAUUCCAGAUAACACAAGAAGCAUACAUUUUGUUGGAUAAGAACUUGGAAGUUGUUCUCAUUUUAAUUAUUGGAGGUUUAUGUCUCUUUUUCUUUUGCCUACUAAUUCUUUUAAUUAUUUGGUUGCAUGACUUAGUUAUUGGUUAUUUCUAAAGCCAAAAUAGAGAAGAACAAAGUGCAUUUUUCUAUCCUUAUCAUCAUUAUUGUUUACCUUGAUAAUUUUUUAAAGGAAUGAUAGGUUAUAUUUCCUUAAAAUGUCAGCUUCAUUUUGUGUGUUUAUUGACAGGCCUAAAGUGUUAGCUUCUAACUAUCAUAAUUGUGACCUUCAUGCUAUUAAUUUAAAAUUAGAUGAUUAUAUAUUGUAGAAGUUUAUUUAUGGAUAUAUGGUUGCA